CCUCAGUGGGUCAGUGUUGUGAAGGCUGAGGAGUCUGGCAGAGUUCCUGUUCCUCCCAGGCAGAUAUCACAGGGCAGCAGGGCCCUCAACAGCAGGCAAACAUUCUUCCCAGAGCCAGAUGAGGAGCUGAAGCCGCCAGGGGAAACAAGAGUACCAGGAAUACCUUUCUGUUAUUGCUGGGAGUGUAAAAAAUGCCCUAUGCUGAGAUCACCAUAAAUUUGGGCAAAGUGACUUUGGGAGAAGAGAACAGGAAGAAAAUGACCAAUAAUUGCCUGAAAAGACAAGAGAACUCGAGUGUCAUCCAGGCUGUCUGUGCACUGCUGAAUUCUGGAGGAGGCGUGAUCAAAGCAGAUAUCAAUGACGAAAACUAUAGUUACCGGUGCCAUGGGCUGGGACAGGAUCUGGAAACUUCCUUUCAAAAGCUCCUUCCGACAGGUUCACAGAAACACCUUGACUGUAUGCAACAGAACCACCACUUCCUGAUUUUUGUAAAGUCCUGGAGCCCAGAUGCCUCCAGCCUUCCGCUGAAGAUUUGUAGCUUACGCUCCAACUUAUACCAGAGAGAUGUGACCUCUGCCAUCAACCUGAGUGCCAGCAGUGCCCUGGAGCUUCUCAAAGAGAAAGAGUCUAGAGCCCAAAGAGGUGUCCCCAGUUUGCAGUCUCAGGAAUGCACCCUCAACAGAUCCAUCCAGGAAGAAGAAGAUAUUAAGGUGUGUGCCUCAGAAUUUUUCAAAAAAGAUAAACUCAAUUAUAAGGAGAGGCUUAACUUCACAGAGUCAACACACGUGGAGUUUAAAAGGUUCACCACCAAAAAGAUUGUCCCUCGGAUUAAAGAGACGCUGGCUCAUUACGUCUCCGCAUUUGCCAACACUCAAGGGGGAUAUGUAAUUAUUGGGGUUGAUGAUAAGAGCAAAGAAGUGUUUGGAUGUAAGAAAGAAAAAAUGAACCCGGAAUUACUAAAAAUAGAAAUAAAAAACUGCAUAGAAAAGUUGCCCACAUACCACUUCUGUCGUGAAAAGCCCAAGGUGAAUUUCACAGCCAAAAUUGUGAAGGUUUACCAAAAAGAGGCCCUGUAUGGUUAUGUCUGUGUGGUGCAAGUAGAGCCCUUCUGCUGCGUCGUGUUUGCUGAGGACCCAGACUCCUGGAUCGUGAAGGACAAUGUUGUCAAAAGACUGGCGGCUCAGCAAUGGGUGGGCAUGAUGCUGGGUCUUCAGCCAGAUCCUUCCAGUUUGCCCACCACUGAUCCCAGUGCUCACCCGAUCUCAUCAGGUUUGUCUGCACCAAGAAGGCCAGCGCAUCUCAGCAAAGUCCUGGAAUAUAAGGAGGCUCUGCAGCGCCGUUUGUUUCCAGUGACAGAGGCAAACCUGCAGUUUCAGCCAGAAUCCCUCUGUAAGAAGCUGUUCUCAGAUCAUCAUGGACUGGAGGACUUACUGAAGGCACAGAUACAUCCUUGUUCUCAUGGGAUUGUGAUAGUUUCUAGAAGCUGGGCUGGUGAUAUUGGUUUAACGAAAGAGCAGAAGGUCCUGUGCGAUGCUCUCCUGGUAGCAGUCAACAGCCCGCUGGUACUCUACACAAUCCUAACAGACCCGAGUUGGAACGGAGGAUCUGACUAUGCCCAAAACACUGCUCUUCAGUUAAAGCAGCAGCUACAAACCCUUGGCGGCUACUCAGGGAAAGUGUGCAUCAUUCCAAGGCAGAUAUGCCUGAGCAGCAGAGGGCUCAGACCUGAUCAGUCCCUUGUGUGCUACCCCCGAUCCUACACACUGUCUAGUCAGACAGAAGUGGAAGAUGUGCUGCAAGCCCUUGUGGUGGUCUCAUUGUGCUCCAGGUCCGUGCUGAGUGAUCAGCUGGGCUGUGAAUUUUUCAAACAUCGUAUAGAGGAGCAAUGCCACUCACUUUCUGAGAGCCUCCGGGAAACCCGGGAGCUGUACAUCCAUUGCUUUCCAGGAGCCAGGAAGACACCUCUAGCCAUGAAGAUCACGGAGAAAAUCAAGGAUGUGUUCCACUGCAAGCCAAAGGAGAUUCUCUAUGUUUGUGAGAAUGACUCCCUCAGGGAGUUUGUGAACCAACAAGUCGCUUGCCAAGUUGUGACCCAGGGGACCUUCAUGAGAGAAGAGUUCCCAAAGAUUAAACACAUAGUGGUGGAUGCGCCUGAGGAUUUCUGUAGGAGACACGGGGACUGGUACGUGAAGGCCAAGAGCAUCACCCAUCCAAGAACAAAGCGGGCUGCAAGUGACAGCCGUCACCAUGGGAUCCUCUGGCUUUUUCUGGAUCCUUUCCAAACCCAUCCUGCAGACGUUAGUGGCCUUCCUGCUCCUUCUGCUCAGUUUCCUCGGAAAGCGAUCACUGAGAUCCACUGUGCUGUGGAAAUAGCUAACAUCAUAAACGAGGAAAUGAAGAGGAUCCGAGAAAAUCCUCCCUCCCACAUAUCUCCAGACAUGCUGGCCGUGCUCCAGGAGGCUCCCUACGGGAAAGCGAUGCCUGCCCAGGCUCUGCCUGGUGUGUGUGAGAUCAAGGCUAACCUGACACUAGAAGAGAUGGCUGACUAUGUGGCAGGGAAAUGUCACAGCCUGUUCCACGAUGGCUAUCUGCCCGAAGAUGUUGCAGUUCUGUACCGGAGCAGGGAAGACGGAGGACAGUGUAAGGAUGCGUUGCAGUACAAGGAUGCGCUGCUCAGAGCGAUGGCCCGCAGAGCGGCAGAGGUUGAGCUCUGCAGCGCUGCUGACGUUUGUAGCGAUGGCGUCAUUUUAGACAGCGUUCAGCAGUUUUCAGGCAUGGUAAGGAAGAUUGUGUUUGGGCUUAGUCCCGAAGUCGUGCAGUCAGAGGGGGUCCAUAAACUCUGCUUUGCCUCGAAAGCCGUGACACAUCUCUACUUGCUCUACGGAAGGAGGACAGCGUCCUGGUGACUAUUGUAAUUAACACAGGAAGCCGGACAAGAGCAAUCUCUCCUCCCAGAUGGGAGAUGGGUGGUAGCUACUUCCUUUUUAAUAUUACAAGUGGAGAAAUGAAGGCACAUCGCUAUGGCCUGGAGUCACGGCCUCCCCUCACCCCUGGGGAGGGCUGUAUCGCUCUGCCAGUGGUGGCUGUGCUCUUUGCUCCAUCUACUUCUCUUUCCUGGACAGUGACAAGCUAGUUUGAUUCCCUGCCUCCAGUCUUCCUAACUCAAUCCAGCUCUUAUUCUGUCAUCCAAGGAUCCUAAAAUAGAAAACGAAUUUUAUGAAAUUCUCUGCUCUGGGGAGUUCUUGUAGCCUUCAAAUGGAAUGCGUUUCCAAGGCUUUCUAUGGUGCUGGCUUCCUCUCCUGGCUCCAUCCUGGAUCAUGCCUCCAUCUCCCAGCGUUUCUAAUGCACUCCAGGCUUGUAGCCAUGUUGGGAGUGAUGGUCGGAUAUCCUUUAGACCGGUUACUUGGACUGGGCAUCUUGAGAGCAGCACCUAGGCUAGACUAGCAUCUCAGACUGUCUCUGGGGCUCCAGCUUCACAGGGGCAAACUUGAUUUCCUUUCCUCACAAAGUGCGGAGUAGUGUCUUGGGGUUGACGCUGUUAACCAAGGUCACAGCAGACAAAGACGUGAGUGUAAGUGCCACUCUGUUCGUUUAGAAUGUACGCUGUGGUAAUCAGUGGGCUAGGGGUGUUUGGCUAAUUUACACAUGCAUCAAGAAUAUAGGAAGCUAAGUGAUGUGAGCAGAGCCCUAUAGUAAGAAUCACUCUCUCCUCUUUUUCUCCCUUAAUAUGAUAGAUAAUGCAAUUAGUGUAAUAAAACAACCAAGAUAAAUAGUUGCUUGUGGUGUGAAGCUCCUAAAACAUUGUUAAAAGAGAGCAACAGAAUAUGAUCAUAUCAGCUUGAGGAAUGGAAAAAUGAAAAUAAAAACCUCCUAAACAUC